AUGAACAAUCAAUACGUCCGCCGGGAAGUCUUCUGCUGCGAGACCUGCGAUGAACUCAAAAGCUUCUGGGAAAAAGAAAUCAGCAAGCAGACUUUUUACCGAGAGCUCGAGGAAGAUCGCCAGGGGAGAAGCGCCCUGAGAAAGCUCCGAGAAGAAUGGAAGCAGAGACUGGAGAAGAGGUUGAGGAUGCUGGAUAAUCCUGAUGAGAAGGAAAAGCAGCCUAACCCCAUGGACUGA